AUGAUUUUCAUUUCUUUGUAUGCUAAUCAAUUAGAUAAUAAAAGUUUGAGACGACGAUGUGAUUCACUGAAUGGAAUAACUUGUGAAUGUGCUAAUCCAUUAGUUCAAUGGAUAAAUAAUGAAGGGAAAAUUUUUAAAAUUAAUGAAAUUUAUCAUGGCAAAGAAAUAAUCCUUUGUUAUAUUAUGGAAUUUAUCAAUCACACAAACCACUAUGAUUUAGUAAGUGAUGCACAAGGCUGUAAACAUUUAGAAGAAUAUUACGAUGUAAGCAUGGAACCAGCAUUAUUUUUAACAUUUCAAAAUAUGGAAGUAUUAAAUUUACAUUUACAACAACAUUUUAAAAUUUAUCAAUCACAAGAAAUUGACGCAACAACAGGGUUAUCAUUUGAUAUGAUUAAUGGAUUCUUUUGGUCCAAUAAUACAAAUGUUAUAGAUGAAUCAAUAUUAUCACUGAUUAAUCAAACCAAUACCACUGAUAUAUGUUUAAAAUUUUUUUUAACUUAUAAUAAAGAAAAAGGACCAAUUUUAAAAGCAAAUAAAUGCGAUGCAAUGAUAUCACAAUAUAUUCGCAUCUGUUAUUAUGCUAUAAAUUAUAUCAAGUCAACAACAAAAAUGACUGAUAAGAAAUAUUUACAAUUCAAAACAGGAAACUUAUUAAAGAAUGUAAAUGUAAAUAAUAUUUCAAAUAUCAGUAAUACUGGUAAUAACAUCGAAUCAAAUUUAACAGCAGAUUGGUCUAACGAAUGUUCGUAUCUUUUAUGGGAAUAUAAUAACAGAAAGAUAUGCUAUGUACCAAUUAUUAAAUAUUUCAAACGAACAGUAUCACUGCACUAUAAUUUAAUAAAUAAAAUGUGUUCAAGCAAAUUUCCAUGGAUAAGCGCUCGUAUACGUAAUCGUAAACAAAUUUCAAUAUUAAGAAAUUUUACAGAAUCAUUUUUGGAAGUGAAUCAAAUUCAUAUUAAACAUAUACCAAUAUUAAUUGGUUUAAUUCAUAUGAGAGGAAUGGGUUUCAUUUGGACAACCGGUAAUAACGGAUCGUAUUUAAAUUCGUGGGAUUCAUCUUAUGAUAGCUUAUACGAUGAAAUGCCAUUUUGGAUUGAUCCAACAUUUCAUCCUUAUUUGAAUACAACUGAAAUACAUUGUCAUCGAUUUGUCAUCUGGACACAUACCAAUGAUAACUAUGCACGUGCGAUACCUUGCGAAUAUCCAACAAAUGUUAAUUUGGUACUUUGCGAAUAUGAUUGUAAAAUAAAAUAUAAAUAA